AUGUGUUAUUCACGUUUACUUGUUCGUCAUCAUUGGUUUGUACUUGCUUUUGUAAUAUGCAUUUGUAUGAUAUUAACAAGUAUUGGAUUUGCUUUUACACAAUUUCCUGAUUUUUCUGAUCCAAGAAUAGGAUGGGGAGCACGUGGAAAAGGAACAAUAUUUUCUCAAUUAAUGGUUUUACGUCAUGCAUCGGAAAAAUUUCGUUCAGCUUAUGAAUUACCAUUAGAUACGAAUGAAUUAUUUGGUGCAUUUGCUCAAUUUUUCAAUGUAACUGUUGAUAAUCUUGAUGAAAAUACUUAUCGAUCUGAUUUACUUGCUAAAUAUGAUUUAUGGCAAAAGAAAAAUACAAAUAAACCUUAUAAUGAAUUAUUUGAUUAUCAAAAUAUAAAUGACACAUUUUAUGAUCAUGAUACAGAUGAAGAUGAAAUACCAGAUUAUAAUGAUGAUGAUGAUGAUGAAAAUUCACAAUCAUUAUCAAUCUAUAAAUGGCAUCGAAAUCAACAUUUUGAUCUUAAAAAUAGAAUAUUGAAAUAUGUUGAUGAUAAAGUAAUUAAUAUAUCGGUAUAUGAUUUUGUUAAAAAUUUACCACAAUUUAAUAAAACUAAUUAUCAAUCAGCACGAUUACCAUUUGAUCUUUUUCGACCAUAUGCUUAUCUACUUGAAGAAAAAUAUCGAGGCCGAGCAGGUCGUGAUGGAAUGAUAGAGUUUUAUAUGGAACGUACACAAUCAAAUGAUGAUAUAUUAUCACUUAAUCAUUUACGUUCUAUUUGUACAUGGGAAAAAAAAUUUAAACAACUUCUAUCAGUUGAACAUGUUCCAAGUCUUUCAUUAGCAACAUUUGUCGCUUUAUAUUCAUCAAAAAAUGAUUGUGAAUUAAUUAAUUCUGAUGAUAUUGAACAUUUUCGUACUAUACUUCAUACAUGUGUACCAUAUUAUAUCAAUGGUUAUAUGGAUAUACCAUUAAGUGAUCAAUUUCUUAAUCGUGUUGUAUUAGAACAUCAUUCAGAUUAUCAUACAUAUCAAGAACAAAUCAAAGCUAUUUAUCCCGCAUUACGUCAUACAUGUUUUUAUAAGAAUAUAACACGUUUUAUAUUUGAUCAUUUUGUUGAUGAACAUUUUAUAAAUGAACUUCAACAUUCGAAAACUAAUUCGAAAGUAUCAAUAUCAAUGAUAUAUAUAUCAAAUUAUAAAAUAAUAAAAUAUAAUCGUACACGAGAUCAAACAAUGUGUUUAAGACGACAACCGUAUUCAAGAAAAUAUUGUCAAGAACGUGGUUGUGUUGAUGAUUUUAGAAAUAAUUUUAUUGAGCAAUCAUGUCUUACUGAAGGACCACCUAAAGGAAAUUGUGAAAAAUAUUGUCAUUGUAAAUAUCAAUGUUUAAAUGAAACCGAACAAGUUAUUUUAUUAACACCAAAUUUAAAAGAAAAAGAAUUAGUUGGAUUUUUUGGAAAAUAUUUUCUUGGAAAAAAACAAUUGUCAACAUAUAAAGAUGAAUUUAUAAAACUUAUUGCAUUUAAUCUAGCUAAUGUUCGAGAAAAAGCAGCUAUGGCACAAAUACAAAAAGAUAUGUUUCUUAUUCUGAUGGCUGCUGCAUUAAUUGUUGGUAUUACAGUACUUUAUUUACGUAGUAUUGCAAUCGCUUUUAUGAUUGUUGUUGGUGCUGCAUUAUCAUUUGGUGUCAGUUAUUUUAUUUAUCGUGUUAUUUAUCGUAUACCAAUAUUUCCAUAUAUGAAUUUAAUGUCAGCAUUUAUAUUAAUCGGUAUUGGCUGUGAUGAUAUAUUCGUAUUUUUUGAUACAUGGGAUCAAGAAAAGACAGAAUGGCUUAAAAAAUAUCAAGAGAAACAACAAGCUGAUAAUGCAGAUAUUCCACUAAAUAUUAUGAAUAAUCAUGAAAUUCAAUCUUCGAAUGACAAAGUGAAAAUAAAAAAACCAUCAAGUAUAUUUCAAUCUCGUAAACGUUCCUCUUUACCACCUUAUGAUUCGGAAAUGAUUCGGAAAGUAUUAUUAAAUGAAGAUGCAUUAGUUGAAAUCAUGUCGAAAACAUUAAAACAUGCUGCAUCAUCCAUGUUUGUAACAUCAUUUACUACAUCAGCUGCAUUUUUUACAAAUAUGUUAACAAAUAUUUCAUUUGUUCAAGUAUUUGGAGUUUUCACUGGAACAUGUAUUCUACUUUACUUUUUUAUUACAGUUACCGCAAUUGCUGCAUUUGCUGUAAUUUACGAAAAGUAUAUAAUCAAUUUCACAUCUCGUUUAUUCUCAAUAUGUUUUACCAAAAAUUCUAAUCUUCCACCAACUAAUUCAUCACCAACAUUAUAUCAUCGUUUUAUAUUAGUUUGUAAAGAUUUUCGAAAUUAUAUUUUUGGUUACCUUAUUCCACGAGCGGUUAUCAAGCUUCGUUAUAUUUUUGUGUUACUCUUUUUUGUUAUGGGUAUCUUAGGUCUUGUUGGUGUUUUUUAUUAUCCAAAAUUACAAGUUCCAUCAACACAAAAAGUUAGUUUCUUUCUAAAAGAUAAUCCAAUGGAGCUUUAUGAAUUUUCAAUGAAAAGUCAAUUUAAUGGUUAUUCAAAAGAUGAAAGUCGUAUGUUUGCUUAUCCACAGGUUUCAUUUAUGUUUGGUAUACGUGAUAUUGAUGAUGGAUAUUUAUUUGAUAUGAAUGAUCGUGGUAAUCUUCAUUUAAUGCCUGUUUAUUUACAUCAAAAAAAUACACAAGAAUUUUUCAAAAAAUUUAUCGCAGAUUUAGGAACACGACGCGAUUUAUUUACUACAAAUACCGAUUUAGAAAAAGAUUUCGAAGCAUUUUAUCAAUUGACAACGGAUAAUAUUCUAAUAACAAAAAUUGUUGAUGAACGAACACGAUUAAAUGCAUCAAAAACAAGCCAUAUAGAUAUGAUUAAAUAUAUAAGAAAAACAGAUACUAAAUUAAUAGGAAAUUUAUUAUCUGAUACAGUACAAACAAUUGGUUAUAACAUUGAAAAUGAUAAAUCUGAUCAAGAUGAUUAUUUUGAUAGGAAAACAGAAAAAAUCAAUAUGACUAUUUAUAGAAUAAGUAAUUAUCAAUUGAAAAACGCAUUAAAUCCAAUAAUUGAUUAUUCCAAUUAUCGAAAAAUAUUUAAUAAAACUUUAGAAAAAGUUUAUAAAGAACAAAUUGAACGUAGUUAUAAUGUGAAUGAAAUUCGAAAUUAUUUAAAUGGUUCAGUACGUGAUAAACUAACGGAAGAUUAUCAUCGUUUAGCAUUAAAAACGGCUAUGCAGUGUCUAACAGGUGCAGCUGGUGCAAGUAAUAUGCCGGCAGAUUUUUGUGAUAGACAACUUACUCAACAACGAUCAAUUAACUGGGCUGUUUUACCAGAUAAACCAUCACCUAUUGAUGGUAGUGUUCGACCAUUUGCAGUUAUUAUUACAAUACGCGGUACUCACAAUCGUACAAAUUAUGAAUCUUACAAUACUUACUAUAUGAAAGUAAAAAACUUUUUUGAUCCAUAUAUAAAACAACAUGCUCCUGAACAUUUACAACAUGCUUGGUUUUCUUCGCCGGGUUUUGCAUUCUAUGGUAUUCAACGUGAACUACUAGUUGGGUCGUUUUAUUCUCUCGUAGCAUCACUUGGUAUUGCUCUAUUGAUAUUAUUUCUUACAUCAGGCAAUCUAUUCAUUGCUUUAUAUGCUCUACUUACGAUUACUUUUGCUAUUGCUGAUGGUGUUGCGAUAUUUGCUAUACUAGAAUGGGAAUUAGGUAUCGUUGAAGCUAUUAUUGUUAUUAUGGCUGUUGGUUUAUCAGUUGAUUUUGUUGUUCAUUUUGGUGUUGGUUAUAUUCAUACAAAUCCAGUUGAUAUAGAUAAUGAAAGAAAAAAAGUACAAAAUCGUUAUUUAUCAGCAACAUCAGAAUCUAAUGAUGAUAAUAAUAAUGAAAAUGAUUAUAAAAUCAAUACUUGUUGUUUAUUGUAUAAAGAACAACAAGCUGAACGUGAAGCACGUGUAAAAGAAUCUGUAUCUCGUGUUGGUUCAGCUGUAUUUAUGGCUGCUUUUACUACAUUUGCUGCUGGAUUUUCAAUGACACUUUCAUCACUUAGUGCUUUUCGACAAAUGGGACAAUUCUUAAUGACAAUAAUGUCAACAUCAUGGAUUUUUGCAACAUUUUUCUUCUUACCACUCUGCGCAACUAUUGGUCCAGUUGGCUUUACACCUAAACAACUUCAACGAUUAUACACUCGUUUUCAAGGACUUGACAAACGUAAACCUCCAUCAGGAUAUCUUACUCGUGAAGAUCUUUUAGAAAUUCGUGAAGUAGCAUUAAAUCCAUUAGGACAACGUCUUGUCGAUGUUAUGAUACAAGAUCAUGGAAAUGCAAAUCGAAUUGAUUUUCGACAAUUUGCUACUAUUCUUGCACGAUUUCGUCGUGGCAAACCAACGAAUGAAUUAAAUGCAAAGGAAAAGAAAUUAUUAUUUUUAUUUAGUAUGUAUGAUCGUAAUCAUGAUUCGGAAAUUGAUCGAAAUGAAUUAUUAGACAUUUUAAAAUUGAUGGUCGGUGGUAAUAUUCAUGAUGAACAAUUAGGAACAAUUGCUGAUCAUACGAUUGAAGAAUUGGAUGCGGAUGGUGAUUUAACUAUAACAUUUGAAGAAUUUUGUAAAACAUUAGAAAAUAUUGAUGUUGAUGAAAAAAUGUCAAUGAAAUUUUUAAAUUAA